AGAAGAAAGGAGGAGGGGAUCUGGAGUACACAGAAUGCCUCUCUCAGGCUCGUGCAUGAGCUAUGUAAAUCGCCUGUCACUCAGAGCAAGGGGGAAAACUGACUCCUAUUUUUCUGUGUCAGUUUUUAUCUUCCUGAAAAAAGAUAAGAGGAUUGCUCAGAGCUGGAUUCACUUUUCGUGGCAAGACUGCACAGAUGACAUGAUAUCCUAUAUUGUACAAAGUGCAAGCCUUGGUUAAAAAAAAAUAAAAAAUUAGGGUUUACAUCCACUUUAAUAAUCUUUCAUUCAGGAAUCUACCUUGCUACAGGUAUCACCGGCUGUUGCUGUGCCCGGCAGAGUGAAAAUUGGUAUCACUUUUCCUGCGAUAGGAGCCGGUGCUAUACAGAAAGCAUCGGCUUAUGCGGCUCUGCUUCCUCCUCAGCCAUUCAUUCUCUAGCACUGGCUACAUUCAAAACACUGGAGCUCUGGGAUGGCAGAUUUGAAACCCACGAUCUGGGCUUGCCGACCCACGAUCCAAGAGCAGGAGGUCGUGGGCUGUAUCCGAGGGCUCCUAAACCAGGAGAUUGUGGGCCAUAUCCGAGGGCUUCUAAACCAGGAGAUUGUGGGCCAUAUCCGAGGGCUUCCAACCCAGGAGGUUGUGGGCCGUAUCCGAGGGCUCCCAACCCAGGAGAUUGUGGGCCAUAUCCGAGGGCUUCCAACCCAGGAGGUUGUGGGCUGUAUCCGAGGGCUUCCAACCCAGGAGGUUGUGGGCCAUUACCCAGAGGGCUUCCAACCCAGGAGGUUGUGGGCCAUUACCCAGAGGGCUUCCAACCCAGGAGGUUGUGGGCCGUAUCCGAGGGCUUCCAACCCAGGAGGUUGUGGGCCGUAUCCGAGGGCUUCCAACCCAGGAGGUUGUGGGCCGUAUCCGAGGGCUUCCAACCCAGGAGGUUGUGGGCCGUAUCCGAGGGCUUCCAACACAGGAGGUUGUGGGCCGUAUCCGAGGGCUUCCAACCCAGGAGGUUGUGGGCCGUAUCCGAGGGCUUCCAACCCAGGAGGUUGUGGGCCGUAUCCGAGGGCUUCCAACCCAGGAGGUUGUGGGCCGUAUCCGAGGGCUUCCAACCCAGGAGGUUGUGGGCCAGCAGUUGGGCACCCCUGCCCUAUAACUUUCAUACAGACUCAAUAAAAUACACUGAUUUGGGGUAGCAUAAUACAUUUUGGCCUAAAUUUAUGAAGAAAAAUUUAUUUGCAAUUUUUUAACAGAAAGAAAAACGUGGUUAAAGAAACAGGAACAUUUUUUUUGGGGUUACAACCACUUUAAGGCCCCUUUCACACUUG